AUGGUUCAAAUACCAGUAUUUAACCGUCUGAGUUUCUCCGAAUACAUAGCCCUAAUUGGCUCUUUUAUUUUAGUAAUCUUGGAAUUUGUCAUUCGAAUCCUCGCACUUGCUUUACCAUCCUCUAUAAUCAACUUAUUUUACAGAGCCUCCAGACGCCUUUUUGAUCGUGUUAUCUCGACAAGCUCAAAGAAGGCAGAAGCAAAAAAAUUGAAUAUCACCACAUCAAUACGGAAUGCUACAGAAUUUACAGAUCUAUGUCGCUUCUUCAGAUAUACUGCAGAAGAGCAUAUCGUACAAACUCGAGAUGGCUAUUUACUGGGAGUUCAUCGGCUGGCCUGGAAAAGAGGCGAAGAAAAUCAGAAUAUCAAUUAUGGCACAGGUACUCAACGAAAAGGAGUGGUGUACAUGCACCAUGGACUACUCAUGAGCUCUGAAGUUUGGGUUUGCAUGACCGAGGAAGAAAGGUGCCUACCCUUCAGGCUUGUUGAGCUUGGUUAUGAUGUUUGGCUUGGAAACAACCGCGGAAAUAAAUACUCAAAAAAAAAUAUAUACCACUCACCAAACGAAACUCGAUUUUGGAAUUUCUCGAUGGAUGAAUUCGCAUUUUACGAUAUUCCUGAUACUAUAGAGUAUAUCUUACAGACAACCUUAGCUACAUCUCUUUCCUAUAUCGGCUUUUCCCAGGGUACAGCUCAAGCUUUUGCGAGUUUGGCCGUCCAUCCUAAGCUGAACAAGAAAGUAAAUGUUUUCAUCGCCUUGGCCCCUGCUAUGUCUCCACCUGGACUCUCGAAUAGUGUUGUCAAUGCUCUCGUCAAGUCUUCCCCUAAGGUUCUCUUCUUACUUUUUGGACAUUAUUCAAUACUAAGUUCAACUACUGUGUGGCAAUCAAUUCUAUAUCCACCGAUUUAUACUCGUCUUAUAGACGUUGCUUUAUCAAAUUUAUUUGGUUGGAAAGUUCGUAAUAUAUCGGCUAGUCAGAAGCUAGCUGCAUACUCACAUCUAUACUCCUUCACCAGCACUAAAAGUGUUGUACACUGGUUCCAGAUUAUUCGGAACAAAACAUUUCACAUGUUUGAUGACGAUCGGUCUCUAUUCAUGUCUCUUGGCUCUAAAAACUUUACAAAAGUAAAAAAAUUCCCCACUCGAAAUAUAAAGUCACCAAUCACUCUAGUAUAUGGUGGUAGUGAUUCAUUAGUUGACAUAGAUGUUAUGCUAAAAGAAUUGCCUUCACAUACCUCUGUGAUCGAGAUAAAGCACUUCGAGCACCUUGAUUUUCUCUGGGCACGAGAAGUGGAAGCACUUGUAUUCCCUCACGUUUUCAAGGCUUUGGAAGAGCAUUCGGUCGCCUCUGAAGCGUCAGAAUGUCACGACUGCGAAGGCAGUCGAAUUUUUAAUCUAAAUGAUACGGGGACGGUCGUAUCCCGCGAUAGCAUAACUAGUGAAGAAAGUAGGCGUCCGUUAACUUCAUCUGAUUCCAGCACUUUUCGAUUUGGACUUGACACUAGUCCUUUGAAGUCGGCUUUAAAGAGAACGGGAGCCUCUUGUAGCAACAUACCUCGGCCAUGUAACAGCGCACGGAGGCGCUCCAAUGCUAACACAGAUAAGUUUAAUAUUUUGGAAGAAGUAGCCCAUACACUGAGUCCAAAGCCGACUUUGGAAGCUCUUGUAGAGGAGGAUCAAUCAAAAUCAACACUUUUCAAUGAUCUUGAAGGCCAUUCAGCCUUGACUCUUGGAUCUCAGUUUGAUUGCAACGCCAAAAAUCAAGAGGUUAUUUCCCCCAAACUCGACGAAAAAUUACUGCCCCCAUCUGAGAGCAGUGUAAACAAAUUUGAUUCGAAUGGCAACAUGUCUGGUACAGUUGCUGGAAAAAUGUCUGGCAGUGCAACGGGAAGCGUUGCCGGCUGUGUUGUUGGUACUGUGGCCGGUAGUAUGGCCGGCAGUGCGACUGGAAAUAUGAAUAGUGCAAAUUCACACGAUGGAAUUGUCAGUAAAUCAAGGCGAAAUAAGAGAAAAGGAAAAUUUGUCGGAAUAUAG